GGAUUUUUAAAAUGGCGAUGACAAGCAAACGGCAGAAUUUUGGUUUUACCAAUCUAUACAAUUGCUUUGCUUCCCAAACAAUUCUGUGAUCACAGUAUCAUAAAGUGCAUUUUCUUUACAUUUUUCUUUUCGAAUUCCUUUCCGUAUAAUAAUAAGGAAUACGCAUAGCAUAAUACAAACUUUGCUAUAUCUUCGAGAAAGCAAUUUGUGUUAAAGUAUUUUUUUAUUGUGAAAACAUUCUUCUUCUUCUUCUUCUUCUUCUUCUUCUUCUUCUUCUUCUCGUUGCGUUUCGAUUGGUUUGCCAGAAAAUUACGCCAGUUUCGAUCCCAUACACGGGUUUCUGCGGAGGUGGAGAGGUUCAUUUUUUAAUUGAAAUUUAUUCCGGUGCCGCGAAUUUAUGUAGGCGUUUGGUUGUGAGUCAGAUCUGCAAAUGCUAGACUAUAGAAUUGAGAAUCCAUGUCUAAAAUAAUGUUUCGCGGGUGAGUUCGUGUUCAAUUGCGUGUGGAAUUGAUUGGGAAUUUUCUAUUCUUAUGCAUGAAUAUGGAAGAUAGUGUAAGAUCAGGGGGUGGUGUGUUAAAGAAGAAGACUUCGUCGGGGUGUUUGAUAAUAAAAAGGAAGGUAGAAAAUGGGAAUUCGGGAGGGGGAUGGGAGGGUUUCACUUGUCAUGGUAAUGAACGAAAGAGGCCGAGGCUCGUUGCACGCGGAUUUGGCGCCAGUGAUGAGGAUGAGUCAUUGGGGUUUAAGGGAAAAGUGAAUAGCAGGAUCUUGCACAAUGGCUCCAUGGAUUACAGGAGGAGUGAGUUUGAGAAUAGGGAGUAUGAGAGGAGCAAUGUAGGGAUUGGUCUUGGUGGUGAGAGUAGGAGGAUGAGGAGGAUGAGUGAGUUGGGUUCAAACGAGUUUGAUGAGGAUCAUGAAUUUGAUGAAAGAAGGAUGAGGGAAGAGUAUUUGGAGAAUAGGUAUAAGAUGGCUGGGUAUAGAGGUGGUGUGAGUUCAAAGGAUUUUGUCAUCGGAUCAUCACGUGGGAAUCUGGUGGCUGAUAGACGGCAUAGUUUCCAUUUUGAUGAAUCUAGUUGUGGGAGAAGCAAGGGGGGUGAAUAUACUGGUUUGAGGAACAAGGGAUUUGACUUGGAGGAGGAUGAGGAAGAAAUGCAAGUUUCAUUGUUCAGGUUAAAGCACCCAGAAGUUGCUGAUGAGCCAAUCAGACUGCAGGGGAAGAAUGGGGUGUUGAAGGUGAUGGUGAAUAAGAAGAAGAUGAAGAUGGAGUUACAUUCUCGUCAUAGUAGGUAUGAUUCAAGGGGAGUUGAAGAAAGAGCACAUUGUAGGUCAGAAAAUGCACCCAAGAAUGUCUGGCAUGUUGUAGGUCAUCCGGUUUCAAAGCCACCAGAAAACCGAGGUUUGUGUAUUGAGAAGGAGAAAAUGGAUCUAAAGUUGGAAAAAGUAAAACCAAAAUUUAGUAAAGGCAUCAAGACGAGAGAGUCAGAAAUCAUUGGCAUGAGCGGAGGGAUCACGGUCAGAGAGAAGGAAACUGAUGCUGCUGAUACAGCACUUAAGCUGACACCACCAGGUCUUCAAGUUUCUAGCUUGAAGAAAGAUGUGAAAAAGGAGGAAGAAAGAGCAUCCAUAGAGAAUAUCACCUCUGUCAAAGGUAAAGAAGGGAAAGUGAAGCGGGGUGGUCGAUGUACUGAAAAGCAACUGUUGCGAGAGAAGAUUAGGGAAAUGCUAAUUGAUGCCGGGUGGACUAUAGAUUAUAGACCAAGGCGGAACAGAGAUUACUUAGAUGCUGUGUACAUUAGUCCUAGUGGAACAGCCUACUGGUCAAUUAUUAAGGCUUACGACGCAUUUAAGAAACUGCUGGACGAAGAUAAAUGUAAAAGUAAAAGUAAAUCGGUCAUUGAUUCUCCUUCGUUUGCUCCCCUUGAUGAAGAUCUGAUAAAUAAACUGACUAGGCAGACAAAAAAGAAGAUUGAAGAGGCAACGAAAAGGAAGAGGAAAGAAGAUGGACCGACUAAGAGUGCCAAGAGAUCUUCUGGUAGGGAUGAUGAUGGAGAGAGCUCAGACAGUGAUCAGAAUGAGGAGAGACUUAGUUCCUGUAGAAAACAGAAUCAUAAGGCACAGAGAAACAAAUUUCCUGAUAUCAGUCAAGGGAGUGAUGGUGAAUUACGUAAUGGUUCACUAAAAAUGAAAUCCGGGAAAAUAAAAGUUGACAUGAAUACUUCUGGUUCCAAGUUUAAUGUCUUACAGGGAAGAACAAGUAAAGUGAUUGGCAAAUGCACACUUCUGGUUCGUCGCUCUGAUAAGGGGGAGAACUCGGACUCUGAUGGAUAUGUUCCAUACAGUGGAAAAAGAACUGUACUGGCCUGGCUGAUUGAUUCGGGAGUAGCCCAGUUGAGUGAGAGAGUGCAGUAUAUGAACCGCAGAAGGAACCGGGUAAUGCUGGAAGGCUGGGUCACGAGAGAGGGAAUUCACUGUGGUUGCUGCAGUAAAAUCCUUACAGUUUCAAAAUUUGAGCUGCAUGCUGGCAGCAAGUUGCGCCAGCCUUUCCAAAACAUAUUCUUGGAGUCCGGAACCUCCCUUUUGCAAUGCCAAGUAGAUGCUUGGAAUAGGCAGGGGGAGUCUGUGUGUCGAGAUUAUCAUACUGUUGGCAUUAAUGGGGACGAUCCAGAUGACGAUGCCUGUGGCAUUUGUGGUGAUGGAGGUGCUUUGAUCUGUAGCGAUAGUUGUCCAUCAACUUUCCAUCAGAUCUGUUUAGAAAUGCAGAUGCUUCCUUCAGGUGAUUGGCACUGUCCAAAUUGUAUAUGCAAAUUUUGUGGGGACAGUGGUGUUGAUGAACUUACCAGAUGCAGCUUCUGUGAGGGAAAAUAUCACAAAUCCUGUAGUAAAGAGGUGCUUGCUUCGUCUAUGAGUUUGAAUGGUGCAUCCUUUUGUGGGCUGCAGUGUCAAGAGUUUUAUGAUCAUUUACAAAAGAUUCUUGGAGUCAAACAUGAACUGGAAGGAGGAUUUUCAUGGUCUCUUAUUCAGAGAACAGAUGUGUCUGAUACCUCACACCGAGGGUUUCCUCAAAGGGUUGAAUCAAACUCCAAGCUAGCUGUUGCACUUUCUGUUAUGGAUGAGUGUUUUUUGCCCAUUAUUGACAGGAGAAGUGGGAUUAAUAUGAUCCGCAAUGUAGUCUAUAACAUCGGAUCAAACUUCAACCGUCUGAAUUACUGUGGAUUCUAUACCAUAAUACUGGAGAGGGGUGACGAAAUUGUUUCUGCAGCAUCCAUAAGGAUCCAAGGGACCUGUCUGGCUGAGAUGCCAUUUAUUGGCACUCGUGAAAUCUACAGGCAGAAAGGAAUGUGCAGGCGUCUUCUGUCGGCAAUUGAAACAGAACUCCGAUAUCUCAAAGUCGAGCAAUUGGUCAUUCCUGCCAUAUCAGAGCAUAUGAACAUGUGGACUAAGGUUUUUGGUUUUCAUCAGCUUGAGGAUGGACUCAAGAAAGAAAUAAAGUCCAUGAACAUGUUGGUGUUUCCGGGAACAGACAUGUUGCAGAAACCAUUGGCUAAGCAUUCCGAUGGUAUGGAGGUUUCUGAAUCAAUCAAAAACCAGUCUCAGUUGCCUGUUACGGUAAAAAACUUGGAUAUUGAUUCACCCAUGGAGUGUGAGAAACAGAUGAGUUAUGAUUCUGGAGUGGUCUACGACACCAAGAAGAACGACAAAGUUGGUGACGUUGACUCUGCCUUUCCAGCUCCAGCUGCUCUUUGUAAUAACAUGGAAGCUAGUGCUUCAGAUUCUGUUUGUGAAUCUAAUACACCUCUUGCCUGCAACGAAGCUAUAGUGGUCAACUCUGAGAUGGAAGAAAACCAAAAAGAACUCUCAGCUAGCUCCACAGUCUGUGAAAGCAAAAACAUCGACAUGCAAAAUGGGUUGCAGGGUCCUCCUCUGGAAGACAACUUUCCCUUGGAGAACAAAACUGAAGGUAUUCACAACCUUGCAACUGAAACUCUGAUCAAGACUCUGGCCAGUGGAAAAGAUACUGCAGAAUCUACAAGUUGUAAUAAAGGUUCCUCAGUAAAGGUUGCUGAAGAUGCUGACCUCAACACACCUGAAAACAAUGGUUCUGUUCUUGAAGCUUCUUCACCUAGUGCUACAAAUGGAGAUAUGGAAUCCUCAAUCCUUAACGAGAGGGACGGAUGUGAUGGGGAGGCCCUUUGCAUCAAGAGAAGUCUUGAAGUCUCUGCAAAGGAUGUUACUGCAAAAGUGCACUUAAAUCACAAUCCCACCCCUAUAUCAAGUUUGCUCGAUUCUGGAAGAAAUGUGUGCAAGGCAGACAUCCAGAUGCAAAACGAUCUUGUGGUGCCUUGUGCUGCUCCAGAGGAAGCUGAAAGGGACCUUGAGGUUGAUGGAGAAGCUGCAUCUAUGACCUCUUCCGAAUCUUUGGUUCAGACCGCAGCACCCACUGAGAGUGCUGCAGAUGGUGAAAACAACAGAUUGUCUGCUGUGAAUAUCGUCAAAUUCGAGUAGCAAGCCUUGCAGCUCAUUUUUUUAGCAGAGGCAGCAUUUUUUAAGUUUUGAAUGUAGCUAUCAAUCUGGUAAUUUGUAUAUAUAUACUUAUAUGUUAGCAGAGGUUUUAUAUUUUCAUAUAUAACACUCAAUCUUAUCUUAUGUUUAGUUAUUACUACUA